AUGGCAUUCAUUAAGACUUUUCCAUGGGUGAAGAUACUGUUCUUUGUGCGGUUAUCAGUGUCACUUCCUCAGAUGUCAAGCAAUACUGUUAAUAAAUGCAACAUCAAUUACCCUCUCUCUGUUCGUCACAAGUAUUAUCAGUCAGGAGACUUCAUCCUUACAGGCAUCAUUUCUCAGUUCUACAUGUUUUCUUAUGAAAUAACCUUUGAACAACAUCCUUUUGAUGAACUCAUGAAUGAUUAUUUGAUGUUGCCUCAGAGCUACCAGAACAUUGUAGCCUUGGUAUUUGCUGUAAAGGAGAUUAAUGACAAUCUGCAGCUCUUGUCUAAUAUAACCCUGGGAUUCCACAUCUAUAAUAGUUAUUUCAGUGCAAGCUGGACUUACCAUGCCUCAAUGCAACUUGUUUCUGCACGUGGAAAAUGCAUCCCUAACUUCAAGUGUGACACCCAGUACAAUCCCGUAGCAGUCAUUGGGGGCCCUAGCUCUGAUGUUGGUGUUGACAUGGCAGCAAACCUGUGCAUUUACAAGAUUCCCCAGCUUACCUACGGUUCAACUGCAGAAAUAAAUGAUGUAACUGAAGCUGUUUUCUUCCAUCAUAUGUUUCCAAAUGAAGACCAUCAAUAUAGGGGAAUCCUCCAAUUGCUGCUGUUUUUUAGCUGGACGUGGAUUGGAGUGAUUUGCUCUCAGGAUGAUGAGACUGGAGAAAGAUUUGUAAACAGCAUACUUCCCCUCUUUACCGCGAAUGGGAUCUGCUUUGACUUCAUAGUAAGAUUCCCUAACCUAUCUUUUUCCAAUGGCAUUACAGAAAUGAAGAAUAAGAUGAAUGAGGCUAAGAAAGUCAUAAUAGAAAGCACUGCCAAUGUGUUAGUCUUGCAUGGCGAUGUUAAGAAUAUCAUCAUGAUGACAACACUGCUGUACAUGUUUGAAAUGAAUAUACCAGUGAAGUUAAGUGGUCAAGUCUGGAUUAUGGUAGCCCAGAUGGACUUCUCAUCAGUUGGUCAUCAAAGUAGAUGGAAAGCAAACUUCAUUGACGGCUCUUUAUCCUUUGCAGUUCAUUCCCAAGAAUUGUUAGGAUUUCAGAAAUUCCUUCAGAUGAGAAAUCCGGUUAUAGACACAGAAGAUGGCUUUAUCAGGGAUAUCUGGCAAUAUGCAUUCAAAUGCAUUCUCCCCGACUCUGAUAUAGGUGAUCAAGAUAUGGAAUUAUGCACUGGGAACGAGAAGCAGGAGACUCUUUCUGAGCCUCUUUUUGACCCAAACGUGAGUGGCAACAGCUAUAGCAUCUACAAUGCUGUCUAUGCUUUGGCCCAUGCUUUGGAUGACAUGCAUUCAUCCCACGUUAAACACAGACCAAUGGUGGGUGGAGGUAACUGGAAGCUUCUGAAUCACCAUCCAUGGCAGGUCCACCAGUAUCUCAGGAGUGUUUCAUUUAACAACAAUGUGAAUGAAGAAGUUUAUUUUGACCAAAAUGGGGAAAUAGAAGCUGGAUUUGAUAUUAUAAAUUGGAUUGUAUUCCCCAACCAGUCCUUUCUUAAAGUCAAAAUUGGAAGGAUAGACCCACAGGCUGCUCCUGAUAAAGUGUUCAACAUUUGUGAACAUUCUAUUGUGUGGUCUAAGAGUUUCAACCAGGCAGUGCCCCUUUCCACAUGUAAUGACCAUUGCCAUUUGGGCUAUCGUAAGACCAAGAAAGAAGGCGAACACUUUUGCUGCUACGAUUGCCUCCCGUGUCCGGAAGGAAAGAUCUCCAAUGAAAAGGACAUGGGGGAUUGCUUUCAAUGUCCAGAAGGACAAUAUCCUAACAUCAACAAGGAUUCCUGUAUUCCCAAAAGGAUAAGCUUCUUGUCUUAUGAAGAACCCUUGGGGACCAGUUUGGCCAUUCUGGCACUUUCCUUUUCUUCCAUUACAGCUUUGGUGCUUUGGGUCUUCAUUCAGCAUAAGGACACUCCCAUAGUCAAAGCCAACAACCAGGACCUCACCUACACUCUCCUCAUCUCCCUCCUGCUCUGUUUCCUUUGCCCUCUCUUUUUCAUUGGGAAACCUCAGAUGGUGAUGUGUCUCCUUCGACAAACCAUGUUUGGUGUCAUCUUCUCAGUUGCUGUCUCUUCUGUUUUGGCCAAAACCAUCAUAGUGUUUCUGGCUUUCAUGGCCACCAAGCCUGGGUCCAGGAUGAGGAAGUGGGUGGGCAAUAGACUAGCUUUUUCCAUUGUUCUUUCCUGCACUCUUAAUCAAGCUACAAUGUGCAGUGUAUGGCUUGCAACCUCUCCUCCAUUCCCAGAAUCUGACAUGAACUCCAUGCCCGAAGAAAUUAUAGUGGAAUGCAAUGAAGGCUCUGUCACCAUGUUUUACUCAGACCUGGGUUUCAUGGGUGUACUUGCCUUUGCCAGCUUCACUAUAGCCUUCUUAGCCAGGAAAUUGCCAGACAGUUUCAAUGAAGCCAAGUUCAUCACCUUCAGCAUGUUGGUCUUCUGCAGUGUUUGGCUGUCCUUCAUUCCAACCUACUUGAGCACAAAGGGGAAAUACAUGGUGGCAGUUGAGAUCUUCUCCAUCUUGACCUCCAGUGCUGGCUUACUGGGCUGCAUCUUUUCCCCCAAAUGCUAUAUCAUUAUCCUGAGGCCUGAGCUGAACAACAAGGAUAUGUUAGUAAGAAGAAAGUAG